AUGCUGGAUCUACUGUCUGGAGACAUUAUCUGGCGCAUUUUUCGAUAUCUCGAUGUGGGAAGUCGCGCGCGGCUUGCAGCCGUCAAUACAACUUUCUACAGACUGUUCAAUAAGUGGGAAGAUCUGCUGCACUGCUCAGUCCGUCUCGAUGGCAUUACGCUAGCUGGUGAAAAUUUUAUCAUUGAGGUGGACCAACCGCAUCACUCCAAGAAAAUCUUAGCAGUGCACGAUGAGCGUGUCCUGUGGAAGGUGGAUCGUGAAGUCCUGCGGAGCCUGGUCAACAUCAACGAGCUCCAUAUCUCCAGCAACUUCUUCGCCGAAGGCUCGUCGGAUGCGACAAUUGCUGCUCUUUUCUCGUUCCCGAGACUGCAAGUGCUGCACAUACAGCAGCGAUACAGCGAGGAAAAAUGCCAGCUGAACAUUGUGCGUCCUCAUCACGUUCUUCAGAUUGCUUCCGCUUCUCUCAGCGACCUCAAAUUGCAGGGUGUGGUUGUAACGGCGCAAGCAUUGGAAUUAAUUUGUUCAAAGUAUCGGAACACUCUGGAAUCAUUGUGCCUGCUCGGCGGUCUCGUGUCGACCUCGGACUUGCACCGUUGCUUUCAGGCAAUUAGUAAGUGUAGUGAGUCAACUUAUUAG